GCGACGUCAACAUAAGUUUGCAUUGUGAGUCUUCACCCGAAAAAAGCGUCGAGGGAGAAGCUGUUGCUGUCACUGCUAGUGUUGCUGUCCACAAUGCAAGUGCUGGAUUGUUACUUGUAUGACUUCUGAAGUUGUCGAAGGAGACUGUUCUGGCCGCCAAACAUUGUGUACAGAAGCUGUUCAUUGAUUCUGGUGCAAGAUUCUUUUCUCAGUGAAAGGGCCGUGAAUGGCAGUACUUGGUCUUCAACAGCAGACUCGUGUCCCUUUUCUGAAAACGUGCUGGACAAAAAGGCCAGCCAAACCAGCAUCAGAAGCAAGCUUAUGCACAGCGCGCCACGAAAGAAGGCGUGGCUGCAGAUCUGUUCGGUUCCCAAGUUGGGGUGUCAGGCCUUGUUCUUGCAAAUUGUCUUCAUCUGACUCACUUGGGAGUGUGGAUGAGGACUUCAUCAAAGAGCUUGAGAACGUGCCAGUCGUCUUGAGCACUCAGGAUGAGAUGGAAGUAAGGACUGUGGUGAAAGGCCUGAAGGAGAGGAUGCCAAACGUCAGGGAGUGGCUCAGACCUAUUGUACUGGCCAAGACAUCAGAGUCAGAGGAGCGCUUUGAGCUGGUGUUUCUCUUCCUUGGCCUUGCUGUGGCCUUCGGCUUGGGCAUUUAUGCCACCUUGGGCGCUGACAAAGCAGCUGAAUAUUUUGCCGGGUACCUUCUGGAGCAGAGCCUGUCCAUCGACAACCUCUUUGUCUUCGUCCUCAUCUUUGAUUACUUCAAGACCGACUCUGCCGGCCAGGACAAGGUGCUCACAUACGGCAUCUGGUCUGCUGCAGUGCUGCGCUUGAUCGUGAUUGCACUGGGCACGGAGCUGGUGGACAACUUCCAGGUGGUCAACCUGGCCUUUGCAGCAUUCCUGAUAUGGAACGCCUGGAGCAUGGUGGCAGGCAAGGAAGUUGAGGAUGAUGACUUGUCCGACAAAUGGAUCGUGAAAACCUGCAGACGGUUCAUUCCGGUGUCAGAGUCCUACGACGGUGAAAAUUUUUUCACGGUGAGGGAUGGGGUGCGCAUGGCCACCCCCCUGCUGCUUGCGCUGGCGGUUGUGGAGCUGAGCGAUGUCGCCUUUGCUGUGGACUCCAUUCCAGCGGUGUUUGGGGUGACGCAUGACCCGUUCAUUGUUUGGACUUCAAACAUGGCGGCCAUCCUGAGUCUGCGAGCGCUGUACAGCUUUGUGGCGACAGUCCUUUCUAAGCUGCGCUUUUUGGACAAGAGCGUUGCAGCAGCACUCGCCUGGAUUGGCAUCAAGAUGAUCUUGGACUUUGCCGGUGUCCAUGUCAGCACGGGAGCCAGUCUCGGUGUUGUUGCCACCUCGCUUGGUGCUGGUGUGGCUGCCAGCCUGUGGUAUCCUGGGCCUGACACGGCCGAGGAUGAGAGUGAUCUACUCUGAUGCUGCAGCUUUCUUGCCUCUUGCACCAUACAGAAUUCCUUCGAAUUCAUUCUUGCCAUUUGCGGUGUGAUUUGUGGACCAUAAUAAAUUGUCUGCAUCAUGCACUGCACUGCUGACGGGUUGCUGGGUGCAAUGUUCAAAGGAUGCUGUUGCACACCUGCAGACCUAUGAGGCUCUGGGGCCGAGAUUGUGGGCACCAAUACCACAAGACUGUUCCUGCCUCAGUAUUCUGAUUUCAUGCCGGACCCUGAGCAUUGAAGAUUGCUUCAAAGACUCUGAAUGUCAAGAUACAAUAUGUGUAGGAUCUUUGGUGGCUUUUGCAGGAUAUUGGUAUUUGUUAGGCAGCAUUUGUGGUCCCCAGUGUCUAAGUGAAGUAUAUGAUGUCGGGAACACCCCCACCGUUCGUAGUAGUGGCAUGUAACAGUCAGGCCUC